AUGGCAGCAGUGCAACCUCCGGAUGCAGUGCUCCAAGUUGAAGAAGAGAUUGAACAGUUCCCAAGCCAUUUCCAUAGCAACCAGGCGGAUUCAAUCAUGGCGCCCGGGAGCCAUGUAGUCUUAUCUUCAACACCUUUGCAGGUUCUUCUCUACCUGAACAGCUGGUACUUUUCUGCCUUCUACUUGGCAGAGAUUCUCAUGUUCAUCUACAAAGGAAUUUUACUGCCGUACCCAGCAGAUAAUCUGGUCUUGGAUGUGGUGCUGCUGCUGCUCUUCCUUGCUCUGGAGACUCUGCGCAUUUUCUAUGGUUGGAAGGGGAACCUCUGCGAGCGCUCUCUGUCUUCCUGUGUGUCCCUCUUCAUCCUGUUUCCCUGCACAGCGCUGGCCGUUUACUACCUGCUGCUGCAGACAUUCGUGCUGCGGCUCGAGUUCAUUCUCAGCGCUGUGCUGCUCUGCUUCUAUGGCCUCGAGUUCCUGAUCUGCAUUAUCUCCAUCUCUGCUUUCUCCAGUUUGGUCUAUGUUGCGUUUCCUCUGCAGGUCCAGAGUUUACUGAUGUCGCCUGGAACACAACAAGAGUAGCUGUGAUCUCAGCAGCUGCCUGUGAUGUAUAUGAUGAAAGUCACCACAAAGAUGCAGCGGAGGAUGGGCCACCAAUAGAUCCACAUGUUGAUGUUGUGGUUGAUGGCGAGGAAGUCUUUAUCUCUGCUCUGUGAAUACCAACAUAAGUGUUUUCUAUUUUGAUUUUUUUAAAAAUACAUGUAUAUAAAAUAACUGUGCAACCAA